GAAGGCCAAAGCAAUGUUAUUUUUCAGCCAUGUUUGUGUUAUUGCAACGAGAAUAUUAAGCAUACUUAAUAAAUCUGAAAUUCGACCUACUGGCGUUUCCCUUUUACCAUACUUAAUUCUGACUUGCGCGUCUGUGAAAACUCUCUUCUAAGGAAUUAAAACUUUAGUUAGUGAAACCAAAACGCAGCAAUAUGAAGUGAAAUUACUACCGAAGUUUGACCCACAUAGUUUAAAGACCAAGCUAGUGUACAUGUGUUUCUGUUUAUUCGUGAUGAUUAGUUACUGAAAACUUCGUAAAUAUGGUGUCUUAAUAAACAUUUCAUAAAAAAAUGUCCAACAAAAAGGCAGGGGUUAAAACUAAUGCGGAACCUGCAGUUUUACCUCCUCGAUAUCAACCACCCCCUAUGCCUACUGGGCAGGGCAUUUUGAAAAACUCACCUACAGAACCCACCAAAAAACCUCCAAAGACUGGGGAAAAUGUAAAAUCGUUAUAUCCAAACGACCAACACGCAAAAUUUUUCCCAAACCCUCAGGUAAGAAUACACCAGUAUCCUCCACCUUUGAGACAACUUCCGGAUGAAGUUCGGACCACACAGCUACAAAUACAUCACGAAAAUCCUCCUCCAAGACCACGUCUACCUGAAGAAUCUGGAGCUCAACAAAUUCACCUCGAUUUAAGAGUACCUCAACAGCGACAACCCAUUAGAUACGACGACGAAUUUUUGAGACCUGAAAUGCUGAAAUUUGUGAGAAAACCUGACGAUCCAAGGUUUAUAGACCCUAAUAGACAGUUUCAGGGUAUAUUGCUAGAGCUGAGAUCAUUAAAAGAAGCAAACCAACAUCUAGCAGAUGACAAUCAAGAAUUGCGAGAUCUUUGCUGUUUUUUGGAUGACGAUCGUCAAAAGGGUCGAAAAUUGGCUCGAGAAUGGCAACGAUUCGGACGAUAUACAGCUAGUGUUAUGAGACAAGAAGUUUCCGCUUAUCAGACUAAACUUCGGGAAUUGGAUAAUAAGCAACAGGAAUUGAUUAAAGAUAAUUUGGAGCUGAAGGAGUUGUGCUUAUAUUUAGACGAAGAAAGGGCAAAUGGUUCUCUCUGUCCAAGUUGUGGAAAUAAUGCUGGAGGAAAUCUGAGGGACGACGGUGAUGGAUCAAGUUCGAGUACAAAUGCCGACGAACCUGCUGUACCCCAACAGUUUAAUUCCGGAGCAAAUCCUCAAAGAAGAUCUGAAAGCAGAGAAAGAAUCUUGCACGAGAACCUUGCACGGCAGCGAAAUACUUUUAAUGAUCAAAUAAUGCAAUAUGUCAGAAGCUUGGAACAACGAGUUAAGCAAUUGGAGGAAGACAAAAGAGCAUUGACUCACAAGAUCAACCAAAUAGCAACGACGACAGGCGAUCCAAGCUUAGCAGCCCCUCAAGACUUAGGAGGAGGGAUGUUAACAGGAAGACCAGAAGCAGUCGUCCGAGCUCUUCAAGUUCUUGAAGUAAGAGAACAGUUGGAAAGAGAAAGUCACGAAUUGGGAGUUGAAACCAUGUCGGAUACUACUUCACAAGAUAUGGACGAUGGAGAGAAGGCACUCGUUAGGGAAAUGUGUAAUGUGGUAUGGAGAAAAUUAGAAGAUCCAAAUACAACGAGACGUUAAAUUGUGACAUUCAAGAGAAAAUCUUGCCGAUUCUUAACUUGAAAAGAAGUUAUUGCGUAUGGCUGGAGAUGAUUUAUAGUGCAAGAAAAUAUAAAUAUUUUAUUUAUUGCCUUUAUUUAAGAUAUUAAGUAAGUUUUUUAUUUAUAAAACAAAUUUUAUAUUUACAAAUAAAUUCUUUGGAUUCAA